AUGAGCAUCCUUGAUAUCAGCAGGACUCUAAAGUAUGACUUCCACUAUAACUACGUCAAGAAGAAGUAUGGCAGCUCUGCGGCCUGACCGAAGGCUGGAGAUCGUGUAAAGCUUCUCUUCAUAGAGACUGACAGCUUGAUGUAUGAGAUUGCGACUGAAAACUUCUCCAAGGAUAUGUGCGGUGAUGUUGAAGACAAGCUCGACAAUAGUACUUACCCCGAAGAUCGCGUGUCAGGGAUCCCAAAUGGUCGUAACAAGAAGGUCGUGGGAAUGAUGAAGGAUGAAGCUGGUGGAAAGGUCGUUGAAGAGUUUGUUGGAUUGAGAGCAAAACUCUACAGGUACAAGAUGUUUGAGGGAAAAGAAGAGAAAAAGUGUAAAGGUAUUAAGAAGGCCGUAAUAAAGAAGAAUAUAACUUAUGAAGACUACAAGAGUGCUUAUUUCGCGGAAACAUGGAAAUGA